AGGGUGUUGUGGUCUACCGUAGCCAAGCAGGAAGCUGCUUUGUGGGAUCAUCUCUCUGUCUUCCUCACACGGCUCCUUUUGCAGAGCAGUAGGGAUUUUAGGUUCUACAGAAUCAUUGGGACAUAACUUUCUUAAAGAAAUACAUAGAGACCGACAGACCUACUGAGAAGGUGACAUUUUGAAGACUUUUUGGAAACAUACAGGGGAAAGGAUUCCAUAUUAAGGAGAAUCGAGAGAAGAGUAAGUAGAAUGAAGAGGACCAUACUCUUGGCUCAUCUGUUGGUGAUUUGGACCAUGACUGUAGCUGAAGAUUCAGUCCCAAAACUUCAAAUAAAAGUGGAUGAAUCCUCCUCGGACAAGAUCAAAUUAUCAUGUCCUGAUGGUUUCCAUUUUCAAAAUACUAAUGAGACUACUCAAACACUGGAAUACAAGGAUGAGAACACAAAUGAGUAUGUAUGCAAGAAUGUCAAAGAUCUUGUCUCAGAAGGAAACCAGGUCAAAAUCUAUGUGAAACUUCGGACCUGUGAUAACUGCGUCGAGCUGGAUACAACUGCGGCUGUAGGGAUGGUUGUGGGAGACCUGGUGGCCACUGUCCUGAUUGGAGUAGCUGUCUACAGCAUCGCCUCACAGCCCAAAGCAACACGGAUCACCGGCAAGAAAACAUCUAGCAAAAUGGGGCUCAUCAACAAUGAGGCGAGUGCAAACGAAGACCCCACUGGCAACUAUCAGCCCCUGAAUAAAAGGCGCAUGGACAGAUCUGAGUACAGCACUCUGCCAGAAAGGAGAUAAAGAGAAAAAUAAAAUGUAGAGCACACUCUUUAAGCUCCGUUCGAAGAUUUGUUUCGGAUUGAAACAUAGUGAAUUGGGAGCUUUAAUGUUGUGCGGACCAUCUUGUUCUUUACUAGUAUUAUUUAUCAGCCCGGUACCUAUGUUUUUUUUAAGGUUGUGCGUAUGACCACACAUUUGUCUACAAAUAAAAUGUGCUCAGUGCUACAUUACUUUUACAAACCACAAAAGAAUUGUUGUAAUGCAUUGAGUGAAGGCAGAAAUCCAUGACAAGUCCCUCAACUGUCCAUUUGAUGUACAGAGUCAUUGACUGUUUGCUCUGUUGCUUUGUUUACUUUGAUCUACUGCUUUGCUAGAGCUAAGAUUUCCUUUUGGUACCAUAAAUUGUAUUUGUCCAACUUCACACAUGUUUGUUGAUUUCCCCAAUUUUUAUAUUGAGAAUUUGUUUGGCAUGAUGCCUCAUAAGGUUAAUAUUACUGUAUAUAGACAUAUAUACAUUUUCCUUGUAUUUAUAUUUGUUUUCAUUUAGGCUGUUUUGUCAUUCCAUGACGUAACAUAAUUUGUUAUUUGCUUUUAUAGUCCUAGCUGAUACCUUUUUUCAACCUGUGUACAGAAAAUGUUUGACGAAUUCAGGUGUACCAUGGGGAGCGGAGGUUUGUUGUGAAUUCAGGUGUACCAUGGGGAGCGGAGGUUUGUUGUGAAUUCAGGUGUACCAUGGGGAAGGAGGUUUGUUAUGAACUCAGGUGUACCAUGGGGAGCGGAGGUUUGUUGUGAAUUCAGGUGUACCAUGGGGAAGGAGGUUUGUUAUGAACUCAGGUGUACCAUGGGGAGCUGAGGUUUAUUAUGAAUUCAGGUGUACCAUGGGGAGCUGAGGUUUGUUUUGAAUUCAGGUGUACCAUGGGGAACGGAGGUUUGUUGUGAAUUCAGGUGUACCAUGGGGAAGGAGGUUUGUUAUGAACUCAGGUGUACCAUGGGGAGCUGAGGUUUGUUAUGAAUUCAGGUGUACCAUGGGGAGCGGAGGUUUGUUAUGAACUCAGGUGUACCAUGGGGAAGGAGGUUUGUUAUGAACUCAGGUGUACCAUGGGGAGCUGAGGUUUAUUAUGAAUUCAGGUGUACCAUGGGGAAGGAGGUUUGUUAUGAACUCAGGAGUACCAUGGGAAAAGGAGGUUUGUUAUGAAUUCCAAAGCUCUCACUCAUCACUGUACCCUCUAUAUGAGAGUGGGCUGGCCUUCCUUAGCUCUUCGGAGACAUAGUCAUUGGUUACGUCUUCAUUGAUCAGGCCAUACUGAGACAGCUCCCUUUUUACCUGUGUACCUACAUUGUCCAGCAGACAAAUGACAACAAUUGCCUACGCUCACAGGACUGUAUCUUGUUGACUGUGCCCGUACAGAGUUUGGUAUAAAAAAUUUAAAAAGCAUUCCAGUUUUCUUGCCCUUCCACUUGGAACAAGAUACAAAAGGACAUUAAAUUGCAGGAGCUCGUGUCCUUGAAUUAGUUUAAGGCUAGGGUCAAAUCUAUGGUGGACAAUAAAGUGUGUGUGUGCGCUUCUAUUUUGGCCAGGUCUCUCUUGGAAAAUAGUUUUUUAAUCUCAACGAGACUAACCUGGUGAAAAGAAUACAAAUAACAUAAAUAAUGUAAUGCAAAUUAAAUGGAAAGUUGGUCACAAAAUA